ACUGGCUUCAAUGAAAGCAAUGGCAAAAGCUUCCUUGAAUUCUUCAGAAAAAGAGAUACUGGAGAUAAAAAGGACAUUGAAAUCAAGCGAGGACCAAUGCUUCUGGUGUACGCAUACCACAGUCUGGACUAUCCAUCGCCUUACAAGACAGAACAUGAAAAGCAGGGUUCCAAACCAGUCACGUUGAUCCCAGCAGACCCUGGUAAACUUGUGAAACCGACCGGCGGAGUUACAGAAAUUAGCAUUACCACUGAAAUUAACCAGGCGUUAACGAGAGCGAGUUCGUCGGCCAACAACACCGUUGGCGAUCCUGAUCAGAGAUCCUCAUCUUCAAAUGCUUGUGCAUCUGUUGUCCUAACUCUCGUGUUUUCAUCGUGUAAUCUUAUUUUCACAGCUUCAACAUCUAUUUUUUUUCUCCGCGUAAUUUAAAUUUUCAACGUGGCUCAAUUUGUUAUAAUUGCUCAACAAAACUCCUUUACUGCGAUUUUCAUUUGAGUAAGGCGCGACGGAGCUUUGGUGACGAAAUUAUGGACUUAAAAUUACUGUGUUGCCACGGGCAACUUCCCUCUUUUCCAGUGGUAGCAACCUCGUUGCCUGCAAUUUCAUGCGCUUUGCUGCAAAUGACGUCAAAGGCCGAUAAGUUGCCACUGGAAACGGAGCCAGUUGCCCAUGACAACAGCAGAAGUUGAACGUUAAAACCUGGUCACCAAACUUGCGUCGCACUUCAACUGAUAAUCGUAGUAAUUAUUCCCCACACUUAGACAAUACUCCUUUGCAAUAUCACUAUUUUUUCUGGCAAAGAUGUAAGUAGGGUAGACUAAGUGAUUGUAUUAAAAUUGUGUUUGGUGGACCUGUUUUGCCAAAUUGUUUGUGACAAUUUGGCAAAAAAAAA